GGAUAAACGUGCGUGGGGCAUGGACUCUGCUGCAGCCUGAUAUGGUCUGUGCACAUUUCGCACUGUCAACCUCUCCGGAGCACGGAUUACACCAGCAGCUACUUCCCCGAAGCAACCUCAUCGCGUCCCUUGCUUUCCCCAUGUCAGUCCCGAUCCAGCCGCACCAUUAAGCGCCUCCCAAUCUUCCAAAGCGAACAUUAUUGUGGAUUUUUAUCUCAGGCAUACUGAUGCUGUCAACCGCCGGUCAACAAGAAUCCGUGACAAUGGCGACCGAGUCGCGGAAGCGGCCGGCAGAGCCCAGCGAGAGUGACGCCAAUGCGAAGCGCCAACGUCUUCAGUGGCCGUACACGAUGCUUUCAGUUGGCCCACCACAGUCUUCGCCCUAUUCCUCCUCCGCAGUGACGACCGAUGAGUUGGCCAAGAAGGGGCUGCGACGUGGGAUUGCUUUGGCGCUCCAGAAGGUCGGCUUCGACGGCGCCGCGCCCGAUGCCGUAGAGAGCUUCGCCCUCAUGGCAGAGACGUAUCUUACUUCUCUCGUCAAAGAUAUCAAGACAUUCACCCAUGCUGCGCGGCGGUCGAAUCCGGUACCAAGGGAUUUUGAGCAAAGCCUCAAGCGCUUCAAUCUGACCACUUCGUCCCUCAAACCACACCGAAAACCACCUAUUCCAAAAUCGAAACGUCUGCCCACGUGGGAGCCUCUGCCGAUCGGCGACCCCCUCGACAAGGACCUCCCUAUCCUCGGCGACGAGCUGGACGGCGCACCCGACAAGGCGGCAAAGCAAUACAUACCGAGCUCUUUCCCUUCCUUUCCCAGCAUACAUACGUACAAAUACACCCCCGAAAGCGUCGAGGCCGUUACGGUCUCCGAGGACUGGGGGGUGUUUAACCCAGAGACGCUAUCUCAAGCACAGGACGGCUCGCCGGCGCCCCCACAAAAAACGCAACGGCCGCUUGCGCCGGAUGAGAUCCCCCACGGCGAUCCCAAGAAGAUGCGUGAGGCAGCAGCGAAGGAGGCCAAGGCGGGCGAGGGGGCGCUCAGGAGGCUGAUGCGCGCCUCCAAGAUCGCCAAGCAGAAGGAGGUGUGGUCCUCGGCACAGCGGCAGCCGAUGCGGCGCGAUCGCUACAAUCUGUGGGAGAGCGCGAUGCGGGAGUUGAUCGAGGACGACAUCCGGUCCAAGGGGAAGGAGGUGGCGCCGGCAGCGAUGCACGGCGACAAGGGCAGGUUCGAGAUUGCCGACCACAGUAUGAUUGUCAACUGGGAAAAGAACAACUACCGCAGAGACGUGCCGCGGGCUGGGGCCCGUAAGACGGCCGCUGCUGGCCACGCCAAUGCGGGGAGUGGCUGACCCCGAGGAGACUGCGCUGUCAGAAGACAUUCGCAUAGCGCAUUCCUUUCACGUGUACGGAGUACUGGACGUCUUGCGGACCGCAGACUGCGGUGUUUUGGAGUUGGGCGGGCGGUGCAUUGGGAGCCAGGAGAUACCCCCAGGGAGUUUAUAGUGAUCAGCAUCAUGAAACCUUUGGCAUCGCAUUGUAAUUGUCUUUUGAUCCCCUCUGUCCCCAAUGUUGCUUGCAAGCAGGUGUUUGAGAAAACACUCGUUGGCCGCGGCGCCGAAUUGACUUCGUUAUCGCAUCCAACACGCCCGAUAAGAACUGUG